AUGUCUUCGUUGACGCAAGAACAGCACGUAGUCCAACAUUUCACCCAUAACCAUCCAUUAACGAAAGUUGACGGAUAUGGCGAGUUCACAUGCGGUGCCUGCAAAACCUACGGCUUUGGGAAGACCUACCGUUGCGCCUGGUGCGACUACAAUCUCCACGAUCAAUGCGCCACGUGUCCAUCUACCCUCCUCAGCUUUAUGCAUCCACAGCACAAGCUCCGACUAGUCUUCAGAAGACCAGAGCAUACGCACCAGAACAACAGACGUAUGUGCGACAUAUGCGACGAACCAACCGAAGGGCUCUACUACCACUGCGAGCCUUGCGGCUUCGACGUCCACCCAAUCUGCACGAAGCUGCCUCAGCACGUGAGUCACGUGCAUCACUCGGCCCAUCCUUUAGAGCUAAGCCAUUGGGGAGCGAGCAACACGUGCAUGGUUUGCCACGGUGCGAUCCGAUCUUGGAGGUACAAGUGCGGUCCAUGCCGGUUAGAUGUUCACAUGGAAUGCGUUGAUACGUCAGCAUCAUCAGUAGCAGCGAGGGGGAUUCAGCAAAGGUGUUAUGGACAGCAACCGUAUUUUCACCCGUACCAGCCUUAUUACAAUCAGAAUCAGGGAUAUACAAAUCAAGGUCAGGUUCAAGGCUCUAGCCCGAGUAUAGGAAGCAGAAUGUUUGGGAUUCUGAUGGCUCUAACGGUUGGGGUUGUCUGCAAUAUCAUAGCUGCGCCGGUCUCUGAGGCUCUUUUCGGCGGGUUUUGA